UCGGACCGCCAAUCGACCGCGAUAAAAUGGCUUAUCCAGCACGCUUUCAGGCACCACAAGCCAAUGCGCUGCGGCUGUCCUACUCGCCAGGUCACACGCCAUUGCCACAAAAGCCGCGCAUGAUAAUACAACUGCCAUCGUGGAAGAAAAUACGACGCACGGCCGGCGAGUUCAGCGCUUCCGCCUGGGAACUGGCCUUCCGCUUCGGCCAGAGCACGACUAUACACGGCGUCAAUCGGUUGUUCAGUAGGCGCGCUGGAAAGUGCGAACGCUGCGUCUGGUUCUUCACCGUCAUGCUUGCUCUGCUUGGCGCCAUUUACGUCAGUCACUUGCUCUCUGAUCGCUUUAGCGAAGGACGACUGGAGACUGUGGUGGAUAGCACGCGCUG